ACUUUGAGAAUCUGGUCCAUCAUCACUUUCACUUCCAGUCGGUGACACUCAACUUAUCUAAACUUAUCACUCAUGGAACACCACCACCAUUUCACCACCCUUCUCCUCCACAUCUCCGCCCUCCUCCUCCUCCUCCUCCUCCUCCUCACCAACUCACCUCUCUUCGCAACCGCAAUCGGCAUCAACUACGGCCAAAUCGCCAACAACCUCCCCUCACCACAACAAGCAGUCCCCUUAGUCAAAUCCACCGGUGCAAACAAACUCAAACUCUACGAUGCAAACCCUACCGUCCUCAAAGCAUUCGCCAACACCGGCAUCGCUUUCACCCUCGGCAUCGGCAACGAAUACCUAACAAAACUACAAGAUCCAUCCGCUGCUGAAAACUGGAUCCAAUGCAACGUUAAACCCUAUCUUCCGGCGACUAAAAUCACCUCCAUUGCCAUCGGAAACGAAGUGCUGACGUCAAAUGACACGUCACUUUCCGGCUGCUUACUUCCGGCGAUGCAGAAUAUUCAUUCUGCUCUGGUUAAAUUUAACCUAGACCAGAAGAUAACCGUCACAACAGCACACUCACUUUCCGUCAUGGAAACGUCAUAUCCUCCGUCUUCUGGAACUUUCCGGACGGAUUUAAACGGAGUAAUGUCUCCUGUUUUGGAUUUUCUAGCGAAAACGUGUUCGCCGUUUUUAAUAAACGCGUAUCCCUUCUUCGCGUUCGAGCGAAACCCUAAGGACGUGUCGUUAGAUUUCGUAUUGUUUCAACCUAACGCCGGAGUUGUUGAUUCCGGCAACAAUUUGCGUUACGAUAACAUGUUGUUUGCGCAAAUUGAUGCGGUGUAUGCUGCUUUGUCUAAACUAGGUCACAAAGAUGUUCCGAUUCAGAUAUCGGAGACCGGUUGGCCGUCCAAAGGAGACGAUAACGAAACCGGAGCGUCGCCGGAGAAUGCGAAGAAGUAUAACGGAUGUUUGUUGAAGAUUGUGAAGCAGAAGAAAGGAACUCCGGCGAUGCCGGAUUAUGAGUUUGAUAUCUUUGUUUUUGCUCUGUUUAAUGAGAAUUUGAAGCCCGGACCGACAUCGGAGAGGAAUUAUGGGUUGUUUAAGCAUGAUGGAACUCCGGCGUAUGAUCUCGGGUUUUCCGGGAGCUCCGGUGGUGGUAGUUCUUCUAGUCAUAAUAGCACUGGAACGCCUACGCCGCCGUUUAACUUUCCGCCGGAGAAUCCCUCCGGUGGGUAUAUGCCUAUUUCGUCAGUGGAAAGAUAUGUUAUGAGAAUCAGAAUCAGCAUCGUGUUGUUGUCGGGUGUAGGAUGGAUAUUGUUUUGAAAAGUUUAUUUAUAUUUUUUUUAUUGUAAAAUUGGAGCAUCAUGAAAUGAAGAGGAAUAAACAAAGGGAUGGAGGAAGGAAGAGUUGACCAUGUAUUGUUAAUUUGAAAGUUGUUGGAACAUGAUGCAAUGUAGUGUUAUUUUUUAAAUGGUGUAUCUAAUAAUAACAUGCAUGUUUAUUAUUUUAA